AUGUCGGAAAAGGAAGUCCUCUACUCGCAGAAGGGUGCCGUCGCAACAAUCACACUCAACCGCCCCAAGCGCGGCAACGCCCUCUCAGGACCUAUGGUCAACCAGUUUGUCGACAUCCUCAAUAAGGCCAUCGACGACCCCACAGUCCGCACCAUUGUCGUCACAGGAAAUGGCAAAUACUUUUGCACAGGCAUGGACCUCACCCCCCAGGACGACGAUACCACCUCGGCCACCGACCCCGUCGCCGUCACCCAAUCCAUGUUCUCGACCCUCUCCCGCUCCCCCAAACCUACCAUCGCCCGCGUCAACGGCCCUGCUCUCGGGGGUGGUGUCGGUAUUGUAUUUUCUUGCAACUUCCGUAUCGUCCAGUCCUCGGCCUACUUCAGCAUGCCCGAGGUCCAUCGUGGUCUGAUCCCGGCCUUGAUCUCCGAGGUCAUCGUUCCCCAAUUGGGCGCCUUCCGGUCGAAGCAGUAUAUGCUCUCGGGCGAGCGCGUCUCGGCUCAGGAGGGCUACCGCGUUGGAUUCGUGACCUCGGUUGCAGAGGACGAGGCGUCUUUGGAUAAGAAGGUGCAGGACUAUAUCGAUUUGUUGGCGCAGAGUGGACCGGGAGCGAUGCGUGAUGUCAAGUUGUUGGUCGAUAAUGUCGAUGGUCGUGGUGGAGAUGCCAAGGUUGUCCCUGCCUAUGUCCGUGGGGCCUUUGGCAAGAUGAUUACUUCUGAAGAGGCAGCCCAUGGCAUUGGAGCCUUUGCCAGCCGAGAGAAGCCCAACUGGGACGAGUUUGGUCUCGGAGCCGAGAAGCUGAAGUCCAAGCUCUGA